AUGCCUCUCAUACGGGUACUAUCGGCCAUCGCCUGCUGCCUCCUUUUGGCGACCUGCAACGGCGAGGAGAUCGAGGCGGUGCCCACCAAGGUCGCUGACAAGGUCGAGGCCAUUGCCACCACCAAGCUGACCCCCAGCAUCGAGGAGGAUGCCAAGAGCAAGACGGAGAAGCGCGACUCAUCGGAUCAGACAGGUGCCCCGUACUUGGGUCUUUCGAGCAAGGAGCCCCCGUUCCGACCGAUCUAUCCACCCAGGAGUCUCUACGAGGCGGAGGCGCCCACGCCCAUUUUCGGACCCACCACGCUGCGCUACACAGCUGCGGAGGCAGCCCCUCAGGUCCCACUUCCCCAGGCGUUUCACGGGCAGAAGGCCCCACCCCACCACCGCUUCAGCUUCGCAGUGCCACCUCAGGUGGAGCCCUACCAGCGGCAGACCGCGUUCAAGCCAGUUGUUGCCCCGCCACAGCCACAUCCACAGCCACAGACGAUUUUCAAUUACGGCGAACUGGAGCCGGAGGCGGGGGCCACCGCACCACUGGGCCACCUGCACCACCACCACCCCCACUACAGCAACAGCAACAGUCAGCAGGGAAAGUACCUGCAGCAGCCGCAGCAGAAGUUGCAGCAGCGCAUCCAGUACAUCAUCGCCAUUCCGCUCUCAUACAUGCGACAGUUGCAGCAGCAGCAGCAACUGCACCAGCAACAGCAGCAGCAGCAGCAGCAGUUGCUCUUGGCCCCACCACCCACUAGCAGCAGCAGCACCACCACCACCAGCAGCGCGGCCCCACCUUCGGCGAGUCCGCAACCCGCUCCCACUAGCAGACAUCCGCUGAUGCAGCUGCUGGGUCCGCUGGCACGCGACCAUCAGGGUCAGUACAGGCCCUACUACCAAUCCGAUGCCGCCAGUGCGCCGCUCGCCGGACCCACUGCACCACUGAUCCACCAGCCCUACCUGCAGAUACCCACCAGCCUGCUAAUGGCCGCCGCUCAGCAACUGCAGCAGCACCACCAUCAACAGCAGCAGCAGCAGCAGGCCGCCUUCGCCAAGGUCGCUGCCCCACCACCCACCUACCAGACCGCCCAGCCCGCCCAGCUCAUCUACCAGCCGGCCCCCUCCCCCCAGGCGCACCAUCACCAGCCCCAAAUCCAACUGCAAUUGCAGCGCGUCUUUCUGCAGCCACCGCAGCCUCAGCAGUCCACCAUUUAUGCCGAACAGCCAGGCCCACUGUAUGCGUAUCCGCUGCAGCAGCAAUACCAAAAGCCGCAUCAGCAACAGUCCUUGAAACAAUCACAACAGCAACAGCAGAAAUACACGCCAGCAGCGCCAACGGCACCGACAGCACCGACAGCACUGACAACAACCUCAACAACGAGCACGGCAGCAACAGCAACAGCAGAGGCAGCUGCAUCAGCAACGGCAGCAUCAAUAGCGGCACGGCAGCAACACUUGCCCGUGGUGCACUACAACCCCAUUUACGUGCAAGCACCCGCCGAGCAGCAGCAACAGCAGCAGCAGCAACAUCAAUUCGCCAUAUUGCCACGUUUCAGCAAUAAUAACCCCAAGGCCGCCUACAACAUGGUCCACGAAUCAGCGGGCCCCAUUCACGUGGUCAGAUUGUCGCCGGCAAAUGGACCGCCGAUCCAUCACUACCACCACUACCAGCCGGCGUCCGUGCUGCAGCCGCUCUACAGCCACGCCCCGCAGCAGUAUGUAUCGCCCUAUGUGCCGGCCGCCGACGGAGGAGCGAAGUCGCAGGGCCCAGAUUCCGGUUCCGGCUCCGGUGCCCUCUUAGCCGGGCCCACGCCCGCCCCCAUUAUGACCGCGGCCUCGCCGGCCAUCAUACCAUACUUCAGCCACCCGGGCGCCGUGCAUUAUGGCACGCAUUUGUAUCAGCCGGGAGCAGCAACAGCACUGGGUGCAUCGGCAACAUCGGGGGCAGGAGCAGCAGGACCAAGGGCAGCAGGACUAAAGCAACAGUCAACCGCAACAAGUGGGGGACAGCUGCCAGGUGACAGCAACAAUAUUGUGAAAUAUCCCUAA